AUGGAAUACCAACAAGCUUACGUGACGACGGGCGCCUGUCACCAUCCCGUAUGUGCACGUCACAAUCAAGAUUACACGCAUACACAUACUUUGUGGUCGAGUGUGCCACAAUAUCCGUACGGCUAUGAGCAGCACACACUUGCUCGGUCUGUAGGCAGCACCUUGGCCCAGGCUCCGAUCAUGACUUCAGACCACACAACACCACCUGAACCGGUAGUUCUUGACGGCCACAAAAGGUAUGCGACCGUCCCACCAGGACAGCCUUUGAUGUAUUGGAAGGGCGUUGGGGUCGACGAUGGGCAACCUACCUCUCCGACCGUAGAGUUAAACGUUGAUGAACUCCUGGAGUAUCGAAGACGACGCAGCCACGCCACAUCUGAGGUGAAGGAGCCUCUGACACCAGCACAGCGAAGGCGAAAGACACAGAAUCGAGCAGCUCAACGAGCGUUUCGUGAUCGCAAACGUCAGCAAGUACAAGAACUAGAAGCUCAACUCUCAGCUCUGGAACUACGGACCAACUCCUUGGAAUCAGACAAUGAGAGACUUAAGCAUGAGCUGCUCCUGGAACGAGAAGAAAAUGAGGCUCUACGAAGCAUCACUCGACCUCGACCGCCGCGUUAUCUUGUCGGAUAA